AUGAGGCGGAUAUUAGAGGACAGACUGAUGAGGUACUUGAGAGAAGUGGGAUAUGAGGUUGUUGAGAAGAGAGCCUUAGAAGUUUACAUGGGAUCUCUCGAGACUUAUAUGCUUGAGCAUUUGAAAGCAGUUGUGUCUGUCUCCAGGCAUGGGCUGAAGUCUCACUCUACCUUGCUGGAUUUCCUACGCUUUAUAGAGGGAAAAAGAUUUGAAUUUCCUUUCUUUGAGAAUGUUGUGUACGAGGAAGAGGUUAAGGAGGAGGAGAAGGAGUUUGCCAGUCCUCUGGCGUCAAGUAUUGAGAAGUACAUCCACAUAUAUGACUUCAUGCCCAGUUUUCCGCCGAUACAUGCGUUCCGGCAGACGAUUGUCAAAGCUGGAAACAAGGGCAGCAAGUCUAUGAAUGUGAAGAACAGAUUGGAACAGAGUCUAAGGACCGAAGGGAAUCUUCUGAAGUUGAUCAAGGCAUCUGGAUCUCUUCCGCCGUUUGUUAACUUCUUGUACAAGAAUGAGUGGUCUUAA